AUGGAAGAGAAAAAGAUAACACACUACAGCAGCACUCAUAGGAUCUUACUAGUGGGAGAGGGAGAUUUCUCAUUCUCACUAUGUUUGGCAAGGGCAUUUGGCACAGCUUCUAAUAUGGUUGCUACCUCUUUAGAUUCUAAAGAUUCUUUAAUGAUGAAUUAUGAAAAUGCCUUAAGCAACUUGAUUGAACUUGAGACUCUUGGUUGCACCAUUGUGCAUGAAGUGGACGUCCACACAAUGAGAGAACACCCACUUCUUGAACAUGAACGUUUUGACCGCAUAAUUUAUAAUUUUCCUCAUGCUGGUUUCAAUGGUCGUGAAAGUAAUGCCUCAGUGAUUAUGCUUCACCAGGAUUUAGUUAGUGGAUUUCUGAAAAAUGCUAAAUGCUUGGCUACUUACUUUGGUGAAAUUCAUAUUACUCACAAGACAUCGUACCCUUUCAGCGAGUGGGAACUCAAGACAUUGGCAAGUUAUGAGGAUUUGGUGUUAGCUAAAGAAGUGGACUUUGAUAUAUAUAAUUAUCCAGGUUACAAUAACAAGAGAGGAGCUGGGUGUCAAUGUGAUGAAAGUUUCCCUGUUGGACAGUGCAGUACUUUCAUGUUUCAGUUAUUGUAG